CCAAACUUCCUUCGGAAAAAAAUAACCUAACGGUGGACGAGAUUGAAUUCCUAGCGUAUGGCCCACCGUUUAUUUGGAGUUUCUUAUUUUGUCUUAAAAAUGAGGAAUUUUGCAUUUUAUUUUUAUAAUAUUUUUGUUUUCUUGAAAAUGUUUAAGCCACCCGUUAACUGAUUUAGCCCUCUCCGUGAACCAGUUCUUUUCCUGUGGCUUCAAUGCCUUUUCACCCUUCUGAGUGUUGCUUUGUGCAUAACGGGUUUGAGAUAGGGAAGAAUCAAAUUCUAACAACUGUCAUUUGUACCUAAACUACUUUUAAGCUUUACCUACGGUUUUGACGACUUAGCAUGAGGUCAAGGUUCUAGGCUAAGUUGUUUUCAUGAUUGACCGGCUCUUACCUGAUCUAGUGUUGUCUCCCUUCAAAGGCACUGACAUGGCAGCCGGAUUGGUCAUGCAUAAAUUGUGAUAGUUCUAAGUCACUUAUGCUUUGGUUGGUAACAGUGUCAAAUUCUGGAAAUGUUACUAAUGUAGAAGAGGCCAGAAGAAUUUAGAUCCUAGAUAUUUCUGGGUGAGCAGCUUAUGGUAGCAAGUAUUGGCAAAUAUUUUGCCAGCAUCAGUUUGUGUUUUUUUUUACUAGUUAUUUUAGAGUUUCUUUCUUUCUCUCUCUCUCUUUUUUUUUUAUUGGUUGGUGUUAAAAAGAUACAUGUAUGUGCCAUUUAAAAGCCUCUAAAAUGUUCUGCUUGUUCCAUUUAGCUAAGGUAUGAAAGGCAGUAUUACCCUAUUUUAUAGACAAAGAAGUCAAACCUACAUGCCUGAAGUUUUAGGCCUUUCAGUUUCCCAUGUAUAAAUUAGAGUUGAUGCUUGCAAUAGUCCUUUUCUCAUUAUUGUUCUGAAAAGAUGAGCAAAACUGAAUUACUCUCAUAUUUUUCUUUUUCUUGUCCCUUCCAGGUAUGUGAAAAGGGAAAAUAACCUCAUUCCCCAAAAUAUUUUUUAAAUCCUAGAUCCCUUUUAAAAAUUUUCAAGUGUUUGGAUACUUAAAGAAGAUUAUUUGAAGACUGCUUUUGGAAUCAAAUAGCAUGGAUCCCAGCAGUGACUACCAUUUCCUCAAUCAGAUUUUGUGGAGAAGGGUGAAACUCACGUUGGUUUGUGGCAUAUUUGAGGGAGUACUCCAGCAUGUGGACCCUAACAAGAUUGUUGUCCUGAAGAAAGUGGAACUACUGGAUGAAGUAGAACAAGGUGUGAUGAGAGAAAAGGCAUCUUCUGUCAGUCUAAAUACAGAAAGAACCAGGAUGGAUAAAGGUGAAGACCUAAACAUACGUGAGCCUCUUUCUCCUGCCUCUGAGGCACUAACCACCUCUCUGCUGAGUGACCUCAGGUACAGCCCAUCAGAGGAAGAGGAGGUGACAUAUACAGUCAUUGAUCAAUUCCAGCAGAAGUUUGGUGCUGCAAUGCUCCACAUUAAGAAGCAGAGUGUCCUGAGUGUGGCAGCCGAAGGUGCUAAUGUGUGUCGUCAUGGGAAACUAUGUUGGCUUCAGGUGGCCACAAAUAGCCGAGUUUACUUAUUUGACAUUUUCCUUCUGGGAAGUCGUGCUUUCAACAAUGGACUUCAGAUGGUGUUAGAAGACAAGAGAAUUUUGAAGGUUAUCCAUGAUUGUCGUUGGCUUUCUGAUUGCCUCUCUCAUCAGUAUGGAAUUUUGCUGAAUAAUGUCUUUGACACACAGGUAGCAGAUGUCCUUCAAUUUUCCAUGGAAACGGGUGGCUUUCUUCCAAACUGCAUCAGUUCUUUACAGGAGAGUUUAAUCAGACACCUUAAGGUAGCCCCUAAGUAUCUCUCCUUUCUGGAAGAAAGACAAAAAUUGAUUCAGGAAAAUCCAGAAGUGUGGUUCACACGACCUCUUUCACCUUCCUUACUGAAAAUUUUGGCCCUGGAAGCUACCUACCUACUGCCCCUUCGUUUGGUACUCCUGGAUGAGAUGAUGUCUGACCUAACCACCCUUGUGGACGGGUACCUAACCACCUACCGGGAAGGGUCUGCAGACCGCCUUGGGGGGACAGAGCCUACGUGUAUGGAGCUUCCAGAAGAACUGCUUCAGCUCAAGGACUUCCAGAAGCAGCGCAGAGAGAGAGCUGCAAAAGAAUAUAGGGUGAACACACGGGGCCUCCUAAUAAGGACAGUGCUACAUCCAAAGAAAUCAGUGACAGAGACCGUGGGGAAAGUAGGGGUUUCCUUACUUUGUAAAAACUCUAUGCUAGAUGAAACUCCAAGUUUUACAUCUCAUCAGGAUGUAAAUUUGCUGAAAGAAGAAUCUAAAAAUAAGCAAACUCCGACAGAACCUCAACAUCUACCUCCCAUGAAGGAAGAAACCAGUGAGGAUUGUAUCAACAAACUCAUUUGCUCUGAGUCAGAGAUACCCAGACAGGAGUUUCAGACAAAUUUAUCUUUGAAAGAGGAGAUAGAACAGUUAAUGAUGGUGGAAAACAAGGAAGAUCUAAAAUGCACAAAACAAGAUGUUUCAGUGUCUCUUUCCCUUCCUCAGGAAACCGGAGUGUCUCCAAGUGACACCUUUCAUCCUCUUAGAAAAACUGUGCUUCCCACACUUCCUCCCUGUCCGGCCUUGGAGAAAACAGAUUCUUGGAUAAAUCUCUCUCCAAAUUUAUCUUAGAGAUGCACUACUUAUUCUUGAGACCAUGAAGGUGGCUCAUUUCCUCUACCAAUAAGGCCUUCCUCAGUGCUUAAGUUUGUCAUGUUGUAAAUUUAGUUUUGCCUCACUCACAAAGAAAGGAAGGCUUCAGCAAAAAUUAUAUCCUGUUGCUUACUCCUCAUGCCUAGAAUUUUAUUAGAAGGGAAUGAAUAAGUUAAAUGGAAGAAGUAAAUGUUUUGAUUAUGUCACUGUGCAAAAAUGUUCCCAGUGGUCAGAGUGAAUGAUUUCUCAUAAUUUGCGUUUAGAGGAUUUGAGGAGGGGAAAAAUCCUGGCCUUAGUAUCUGGAAGAAUCUAUACUUUUAAACUUUUUUUUUUUUUUUAACGUAAGCUCUAUGCACUAAGUGGGGUUCGAACUCACAAUCCCAAGUUCAAGAGUUGCAUGCUCUACCAAUUGAGCCAGCCAGGUGCCCCUACUUUUAAACUUUUGUUGUAUUUUUUGGUUUGAAAGGGAUUGGUAAAACUUCUAAGGGUAAGUUUAAAAAAAUUGUCACCUGAUAACUACCAGUACUAUUUUUCUUUUUUUUUUAAAUACUAACUCUAAUUUAUCAAUUAUAUAUCAAAAAAGCUGAAAAAUACUGACUUUAGUCUUGAACUUUAAUGUUUUGUCUGUCUUAUGUCAUAGACAAACACUAGUUAAUGUUAUUACAGGAAUCAAUAUCCCAGUUUUAAUUUCUUUUGAUUCCAUUUACUUUUAGAAGGUCUGUCCAUUUUUGUAACAAAGCAGAGACUUCUUUUGAGUACGUCUGUUAUGUAAACUUGAAGUUUGAUUCCCCUCUAUUUUCCUGGAGUUGGCAUACUUUCUUUUGUUUUUUUAUUAAAAAUUUUUUUUUAAUUUUAUGUAGGCUCCACACCCAGUGUGGGGCUCGAACCUAUGACCCUGAGAUCAAGAGUCACAUUCUCUACUGAUGGAACCAGCCGGGUGCCCCAGUUUGGUAUACUUUCUUAGGGUAAAAGGAAGGCAACUUGUACUAAGCCCUUUUUAUAUUGAAUACUUGCAAGUUGCUCACAUUCUUUUGUGUACAAUGACCAAUAAACCUGUUG